CCGAAGCCGUUCUGCUCUCCGCCUGGGGUCUGUCCCCGCAGCCCGCGGAGCGAAGGCAUUGUCCACCUCAGGAGCUCCCUGGAGAAUCGGAAUUCAGAAAGAAUCUCUCAGACACAGACCUCUUCAGACUAUCUCUGCCCAGAAUGGCAGGAAAGUCUACAGCCUUGGCCUACCAUGCUCCAAAAGAGCAGGAAGGACUCAUAAUUGUGAAGGUCGAAGAAGAAAAUUACGUUUGGGGGCAGGACUUUGGCCUUCAGGGAAAUGCCUGCAGCCAGGAGGCCUUCCGCCAGCAGUUCAGGCAGUUUGGCUACUCUGACUCCGCGGGGCCCCGGGAGGCUCUGAGCCGGCUCCGCGAGCUUUGCUGUCAGUGGCUGAGGCCAGAGGUGCACAGCAAGGAGCAGAUCCUGGAGCUGCUGGUGCUGGAGCAGUUCCUGGCCAUCCUGCCAGAGGAGCUGCAGACCUGGCUUCGAGAGAACCGGCCAGAGAAUGGAGAGGAGGCCGUGCUGAUGCUGGAAGAGCUGGAGAAAGAGCUUGACGAGCCAAGACAACAGGACACAGCUCAUGGCCAAGGUAUGAUCUGGAAGGAAAUGACAUCUAUUGGAGCACUGAAGUCACUGAGUAUCCAGCUCCAGCCCUUGGAGAAUCAGGGCAAAAAUGAGCCUCAGGAGCCUCAGACUUUCUGUAAGAGAGAGCUGAGAUCCAGAUGUUGUUGGAGAGGACACAGCUGUGGCUCACUGGAUGGAGAUGUUCCCUGAAGUGCUUGCUGGCAGACUUGCUGGGAAACUGCUCUUUGGGAUACGAAGGAAAGCCAUUCACGGGUGGGCGGAAAGUGUGUGUUCUAGGGGGCAGAGCUCAUUGAGAAGCCACCCUCUGGGAUGCCACGAGCCCCCCAUGGGGAGGUACCAUGACACAGAACUUGCUGGAAAGCCAUCAUCAGGGAUGGUGCCCCUGAAAGUGAUUGGCACUGCUGGAUGCCCCACAUGUUGCAGGGAAAAAGAGAGCACCCCAGAACCAGGAAGAAAAGCCCCUUCCUUCUCCAGUGUCUGUUCAGCCCCCCUAUUGUUAAAGCUCACAUUGCGUCAGCUGGCCAGGGAGAAGUGUAGCACAGGCUGGGCGCUGAAGGGUGGAUUUGAAGCUGACCAAAAGGGCUUUGAUUUUGUUAUUGGCAAAAUCAUGCCUAUGGGCAGCACAUACAUCAGGCUUAUUAACUUGUUCUCAUUAACAAGUUUGUUACACGCAACUGCCCUUCUGAUUUCAUCUUUACCAAGCAAUCUUCUUAAAUUCCCGUGAAGUUUAGCUAUAAUAAAAAAGUGCAUUAGUCUAGUCUGGUCUGUGUGACAGUUACAUUACUCAUUAAUUCUUAUUAUGGUUCUGUUCCUCAGUAUCAUGAUCUUGGUUAAUGAGACUUAACCCCAAGAGGUAAAUCUAUUCAUUGUAUGAUGAUAAAGUUAGAUUUAUGAGGCCACAAGGUCAAGGGCUAUAUCUCAGACCUUGGCAAUUUACCAAAGGAAUCCAUGCAUCUGUACACUGAGACCUCCUGGGAAACUCUCUCCCAGCCUUCCCCCACACAUCAUUAGCCAAGAGAGCCCACUUAAAUAUCUUCUGCAUCAAGCAGGAUCUACAUUCAAGUGGAUUUUAAAGAAUCAUCUCCUCAAACCUGCUGCCUUAAAGUAGGUAAGUAUCUAAAUCAGUUAGGGUAGAUUAUUUCUAUUUCCUUCUUUUAAGGUCUUGAGGAACAGAGACUAUGCUGUAAUUUUUUAAGUCUUUCUUGGGCUUUUUUCAUAUUGAUAUUUGUUGUGGGCUGAAUUUUCCUGAAAUUUCUGUGUUGAAGCCCUAGCCCCCAGUACCUCAGAAUGUGACUGUAUUUGAGGUAGGGUCUUUAAGGAAGUAAAUCAGUUAACAGGGGAUUGUUAGGGUGAGCCCUGAUCCAGUAUGACUGGUGUCCUUAUAAGAAGAGAAGACUGGACAUAACACAAAUUGAGGGACCACCAUAUAAGGACACAGAGGGAAGGAGCCACUGCAAGCCAAGGAGAGAUAGAUCUCAAACGAAACCAAAUCUGCCAACACCUUGAUCUUGGACCUCCAGCCCCCAAAAUUGUGAGAAAAUAAAUUUCUGUUG